AUGUCUACCCAAGAACGUUAUGAUUUUGUUAAAAAGGCUGCAAUUUGUCAUAAUUGUUUUUUACAAAAUCAUCGCACAAUCGACUGUCGAAAACAGCCGUGUCAAAAAUGUAAAAAAGACAUAAUACACUUUUACACUUUGAACCCAAAAUUCAAACAGAAACAAAUUGCAACACCACAGAGUCAUGUACAACAGCCUAAAAGUCCAUCUCAUGUAAUUUUAGGAACAGCAGUAGUUGAAAUUUUAGAUAAAAAUGGUCAAUAUCAUAAAUGUAGGGCUCUUCUCGAUUGUUGCUCACAAUGUAAUUCAAUUACUGAUAAAUUUGCUACAAUUCUCGGACUGCGUAAAAAACCAGUCAAUUUUCAACUCAAUGGUGUAGAGAAUUUACAAACAAAAAUUAAAUACUCUACAUCAACCACGAUUAAAUCUUGUUUCAGCAACAUCAAGCGUGAAAUGUCAUUUCUUGUUUUCUCAGAGAUUUCUAGUCAAAUGCCUUCCAUAUCAAUUGAAAACAAAUCAUUCCAAAUUCCAAGCCACGUUUGUCUUGCCGAUCCAGAAUUUCAUAUGCCAGCCGAAAUAGAUAUUUUAAUAGGAGCUGAAUUUUAUUAUGAACUUUUAGGUUCCGGUCAAAUUAAAGUGCCAGGACAAACGGCUAUUUUGCAAGAAACUAAGUUAGGUUGGAUUAUCGCAGGUCGCUACACAAAUCCAAAUGUUAGUAACUCCAAUCCUAUUCAAACUUCAUGUAAUUUAAUUAAAUUCCAAGAUUUACCAAUUUUGUGGGAAUUAGAACCAGACGAUUCUUCAAAAAUACGUUCGAAAGAAGAAGAAAUGUGUGAAGCACAUUAUUCUCAGAACGUUUCGCGAGAUGAAAAGGGGUAUACAGUAAAACUUCCUUUUAAUGGAAAAGAAAAUGAUCUGGGAAAUUCUCGUAAUUCAGCCCUAUAUAGAUUCCAAGCAUUAGAGAAAAAGUUUGCGAAAAAGCCAGAAUUUAAAAAACAAUACGUUGAAUGUAUUGAAAGUUAUUUCGAUGAAGGACAUAUGGAAGAAAUUAUUGACGAUGAAAAUAGUGAGGGGGGAUAUUAUUUACCACAUCACACGGUAUUCAAAGAAAAUAGCCUUUCUUCUAACACAAGAGUAGUUUUUGAUGGUUCAACAGAAACGUCAACCGGACUCUCUUUAAAUGACACUCUAUUGGUUGGACCCGUUAUACAGGAUAAUCUUGUAUCUAUUUUAACUAGAUUUCGUUCAUUUAAAUAUGUGCUUACAGCAGAUAUUCAGCAGAUGUAUAGACAAAUUCGAAUAAGUCCCGAAGAUUCCCUGUUUCAAAAAAUUCUGUGGCGUUCGGAUCAAUCCGAACCGAUAAAAAUAUUUGCAUUAAAUAGAGUAACAUUUGGUACAGCCUGUGCUCCAUUUUUAGCAAUUCGUACAUUAGCUCAACUCGCUUCAGAUGAAAGUGAAUCAUAUCCUGAAGCGGCAAGGGUAUUAAAAAAUGAUUUUUAUGUCGACGAUAUGUUGUCAGGAUCUCAAACAUUUGAAGAUGCUAUGAAACUUAGAGAUGAACUAAUACAACUUCUUUCCAAGGGUGGGUUUAAUUUACGCAAAUGGGCGUCAAAUGAUCCCAAUUUGAUCAAAGAUCUGUCCUCUGAAUCUUCCGAUUCCCUACAAACGUUAGAUCAUUCAGAAAUAGUAAAAACGUUAGGAUUACAUUGGGAUGCAAAGUCCGAUUCUAUUUUGUAUACCACGAAGUUGUCAGAGUUAAAGGGACCCAUAACACGACGUAGUAUUUUAGCCGAAAUCGCAAAAUUAUUCGAUCCUCUCGGUUUAGUACAACCAGUUAUUAUAAUUGGCAAAAUUUUAAUUCAAGAAUUAUGGAAAACAAAACUUGCAUGGGAUGAUCCUGUUUCACCUGAAAUUCAAAAGGCGUGGCUCCAAUACACUAAUGACCUCCCAUUGUUAAAUAAAUUUUAA